AUGCCAAGCAUCUUUUCAGAGUGCAACAAAUUAAAGGAAGGCUACGACAAGUGUUUUACCACUUUUUUCCAGCAAUACGUGAACUCCGAAUAUCGACAUCGAACCUUGCAGAAUCCUUGCAAGUAUUUAUUCAAACUAUAUAAGGACUGUGUCGAAGAGGUAUGUAUAAUUUAUUUAUUAUUAUUCUUCUUAUUGUAGGGGCUUAAAAGAGAAAAGCCAUUUGAAAUCGAUCUCGAAGAGGUCAGAAAAGAAAUUCUUAACACCAAAAACGAUAAUUUUGACAACAAGGAGAAUUAAAGAUGGACUCUGGAAAUUCGGAAGCACGUUUUCUCCCUCUGGAGAGUACUUUAGAGCAGUUUCAAGUAAGUCUGAACAAUUUAGAUAAAGUUCAUUUAUCAGGAAAAUGCAAGACACAUCGGAAUUAUCGUCAGUGAUUUCACUCCAAAGAGUCAAGAAGUUCUAAACCAGAAGAUUCAUACUAUGAUUUCUGGGCUACAGGUGUGUUUUGUUUUUCUUAUUGUUGUAUUGCAAGCGUGAAUGAAAGCGAUUAUGACCCACUGUCUGAAAUAAUCGAUUAAUUCAAGCGGCAGGAUCGCUGGUCAAAGCGUUUAUAUGACCCUAUAGGUCCAGAAGAGAGUUGACCGGUUAGAAAGUUUGAUUCGUAGGUAAAAAGUCGAAAUGGCUAGCCAAAGCGCUGGAUUUUCCUUUUUAGAGUGGUUUUGAACGACCAUUUGGAUGAUUCUUUUUUCCAAUCCAUCUUUGUUGAUAAGAUUUUUGUCUAAACACUUUUUUUCUGCUGGUACGUCAUAGUCGCUUGUGUUAUGCGAACCUAAUUUCUUUCAGGAACUCAAUUCCUUGAAAAAUAAGUAUUCUGAUAUACGGGUCCCUCUUGAAGUGCUGGACUCGUUGGAUGAAGGAAAGAACCCUCAGAUGUAUACAGCCACCUGUCUAGAAAGGACGUUGCUGAAGAAUAAGGAGGUGAAUGGGAAGAUCGAACUUUAUAGGAAGCUCCAUGCCAAGUUAUUGGAAGCUUUGGGUGAAGAAAUGCCUGCAGAAACUCUUCUUUACAGACAGAACAGAAAUUUAAUUCCAUCGAAUUCAGAGCCUCCACGUGAGACGUAA